CCUGUAUCGCCGCCAGUUCCAGAGGCCCCGAUGGAGGUGUCCGAUGAAGAGGAUGCCGUGCCACCCAUGCCACAGGCCCUGCGCGUGGCGCCUGCGCCGCCUCCGCCUUUGCCGUUGCAACCGGAUGAGCCCAUCUUACCCAGUUUGCCCAGCAAGUCCGAGCACAGCAAGUCCGAGCAGCGGGAGCCAGAGAAGCUAGAAACCCCGGAGGAGAGCGAAGGGGAGUCGGACUCCAAGGAGCUAGAGGAGAGCAAGCAGCAGUUGGAGCAGAAAGAGCAGAAAGAGGGACUGGAGCAGCCGCAGCAGGAGAAACAGGAGGUGCAGGAGCAGAAGGCAGAGGAAGCGCGGCCCAUGCUCGAGCAGCCAGCGCAGAGCCCGGCACCGAAGAGCCCGGCACCGAAGCCUGCAGAGCCUGUGGCAGCGGUGCGGCCACAGAGUCCGUUCUCGCCCUCGAGCCAGGAAGAACCUAUCCAAUCCGUCCAGCUGCAGGGCCCCGAUGAGCCAACUUCGCCAGCAGACUUCGUCAGGAUCGAAGAGGACGAGGGCCCCGCCCACUCUGCCGCGCUCCUCGAAGGCAGUGCAGUGCUUGCCAGUCUUUCCAGCAUUUGUGCCGCAAAGUGA